CUUGAGCCAAGUCCACAGAAUCUACAGGGAGUAAACCAACCCCUUGUCCCCCAAGUUCUUUUUAUUAUUUAGUUUGUACCCUCGCCACCUCCCAUUCGCUCUGUUGUCUCUCUUUCCAGCCGAUGGAAUCCCGAGAGAGCUCCCUCCCCUGCCCUAAAUCGCUCACCGACGACUGAUUCCCUUCCUGUUUGGUGGAAAGUGGCCGCCUUUCUCUUCUUUUUGGUGCUUGGAGCUGGGGAUUGGGGUCUCGCGGGGGGAGGGGGAUAUGGGGAAAGGGUCAUGGCUUCUGCCCCUUCUCCUUGUCUCUUCUCUUCUUGGAACAAUUAGUGUCCAGGAGCUGGAACAGAGGCACCGCACUGAGAGAAUUUCAGGGAGUGCUGGUGAUGUGCUAGAAGAUGAUCCUGUCGGAAGGCUGAAGGUGUUUGUUUAUGAGCUGCCUAGCAAAUACAACAAGAAGAUUCUGCAGAAGGACUCUAGGUGCCUUACUCACAUGUUUGCUGCAGAAAUCUUCAUGCAUCGGUUCUUAUUAUCUAGUCCAGUCCGAACACUUAAUCCUGAAGAAGCUGAUUGGUUUUAUACACCAGUUUAUACAACUUGUGACCUGACGCCAAAUGGUCUUCCUUUGCCCUUUAAAUCACCAAGAAUGAUGCGAAGUGCUAUCCAGCUAAUUGCCUCGAACUGGCCUUACUGGAAUAGAUCGGAAGGGGCAGAUCACUUUUUUGUUGUUCCACAUGACUUUGGAGCAUGCUUCCAUUAUCAGGAAGAAAAAGCUAUUGAACGUGGAAUUCUACCCUUGCUGCAACGUGCUACGUUGGUUCAGACCUUCGGUCAACGGAACCAUGUUUGCUUGAAGGAGAGCUCCAUCAUCAUUCCUCCAUAUGCUCCUCCACAGAAAAUGCAGGCUCACUUGAUUCCUCCAGACACUCCUCGAUCUAUCUUUGUUUACUUCCGUGGUUUAUUCUACGAUGUGGGCAAUGAUCCAGAGGGUGGUUACUAUGCAAGAGGUGCUCGGGCUUCAGUGUGGGAAAACUUUAAGGACAACCCUCUAUUUGACAUCUCUACUGAACACCCAAUUACUUAUUAUGAAGACAUGCAACGGGCUGUUUUCUGCUUGUGCCCCUUGGGUUGGGCCCCAUGGAGCCCCAGAUUGGUGGAAGGAGUGAUUUUUGGCUGCAUCCCAGUAAUCAUAGCAGAUGAUAUUGUGCUACCUUUCGCAGAUGCAAUCCCGUGGGAGGACAUUGGUGUGUUUGUAGCUGAGAAGGAUGUGCCCAAGUUGGACACAAUCCUUACUUCAAUACCACCAGAGGUUGUAUUAAGGAAACAAAGAUUACUUGCCAACCCUUCAAUGAAGCAGGCUAUGCUGUUCCCACAGCCUGCCCAACCAGGGGAUGCCUUCCAUCAGAUAUUGAACGGUCUGGCUCGUAAGCUUCCACAUCCUAGGAAUGCUUACCUGAAACCAGGGGAGAAAAUCUUGAACUGGACCGCCGGUCCUGUGGGUGACUUGAAACCUUGGUAGUGGCAGCAACGAUCCUUACCGACAUUACAAACAAGCCCAUUCCAUCUGCUAUCAUUGUUACUAUCAGGAUAUGGUGCUCGCCAUGAUGUGUUCAUUUUUGUUAUGUCGCAUACUUUUAGCAUUAGCUAGGUUCUGUAAGCAUAUGUAUUCUGCCCAGUAUGUGGUUAUAGCUGACAUAAAAUGAAGUGUUUUAAUCUUUCGUUUCAUUAUAGUUCAAUGAAUUGCUUGUUAUUCUUUUAUAAUAGUUAUACUGAUUAUGACCGUC